AACUGUGGAAGAGAAAUAAAUCCUAUUACUACUUGUCGCUUCAGUAGUAGUGGUGGUGGUGAGGCUGUCAUAUCUAAAAUUAUGGCCCAGGACAUGACUCUGCUGUGGGGCUCCGGCUCUCCUCCCUGCUGGAGGGUGAUGAUCGCUCUGGAGGAGAAAAACCUGCAGGGAUACAACCAGAAACUGCUGUCCUUUGAGAAAAUGGAGCACAAGUCUCAAGAAGUGAUAGAUAUAAAUCCCAGGGGACAGCUUCCCUCUUUCAAACAUGGAGACGUCAUCGUGAAUGAAUCCUAUGCUGCCUGUUUUUACCUGGAGAGUCAGUUUAAGUCCCAGGGAAACAAGCUGAUCCCAGACAGCCCGGCAGAACAAGCACUGAUGUACCAACGCAUGUUUGAGGGACUCACCUUCUACGAAAAACUAAAUGCUGUUAUCUACUAUAACUGGUUUGUCCCUGAAGGAGAGAGGCAUGACUCAGCACUGAAUCGAAACAGGGAAGCUCUGGUCACUGAACUAAAGCUCUGGGAGGGUUACCUGCAGAAGCUGGGCUCGGGCUCUCACCUGGCAGGACCAUCCUUCUCUCUAGUGGAUGUCACUGUUUUUCCAACUGUUGCUACUCUCUUCAGAUUUGGGUUGUCUGCUGAAAAGUACCCUAAACUGGGAGAGUAUUACGCUCUGUUGAAGGAGCGGCCCAGUGUCAAAGCCAGCUGGCCUCCUCACUGGCUGGAGAACCCUAAAGGACAAGACACACUCAAAGACAUGUGAGAUUCUCGCAUGUUUUACAGUCACAUCUGCCUGUAAUGUUUUGGUUUCUACAAAAAUGCAGUUGUUUAACGUAGUUUCAGCUCACAUUUUGUCCAAUAGAUACAGCUCUAUUUUUCUGACACUGAAAAAGAAAGUAAGUGUUGAUGUUCAGAGUAUGUUCUAAAUAUAUUACUGUUAGAAUGGCAGAGAGUCUUUUUGUUGUUGUUGUUGUUGUCAAACUAACCUUUAGAUGGAGUAUAAUCUUUGACAGAAAUCAUUUAAUAAACACAAGCUAUGUUUAACUGUGCAGCAUGUCAUGUUUGCAAGGUAACAGGCAUCGCAUUGUGAUAGUGUUGACAGUUGACAGUGUUCAUCUGUUUGUUGCCCAGAUACAUUAUCUGUAUUACCUGUUGACUAAUACUAAUACAUGUACAAGUUAUAGCAGUUUUUAAUGCCUGUUGAGUCUUCCUCUGAAGUCAGUUAUUUCAGAUGAAUAUGGUUCAAUGUAUCCUCAAUAACCUCAAAUACAGCUAAUGUCAUUUGAAACCGGCAUGUCUGCUCUACAGUUACUGUAGAUGUCACUGCUGAAGGGGUAAAAAAAAAAAAAGUCUGAGUGCAAGAGAUUUGUUGAAGUUUGGACUAUCGAUUUCUGUUUUAGAGCUUGUGUAGAAGGCCACAUAAAAGGUAAACAUGACUUAAAUGUCAGUAUUCAGAUCAAGUUCAACACUGAUUUUCAGUCUCCCAGCUAUACAAAAAAAGUAGGUGGUGUCUUUGAGGCCAUAACCUGAGAGUUUUCUGGUUUGAAUGGUGGUGCCCAAACCAGUUUGCUCUGUGCAAAGGUAAAUGAAAUACCCUGUGUAAUCAUGAGUUUGCAUAAAUAAGCUUUCCUCAGCUUUUUUGAUUCUAUAUCACAUCCUGUGCAUGAUUUUGUGUAAAAUGCACAGCUUCUUUUAGACACAAGAGAAAUUCACUGUAUGUUGGACUUUAUCCCUUCGAAAAAGUAAACAGACCUGUUGCAUCUGCCAUGCAGACACAUUUAUGUGCUUUAGGAGGUUGGGUUCAGAUCGUGCACGCAAAUAAGAGAGCGGUCCCAGUUCUACUGAGUAGAGCAACACUUAAGUGACUUCUGGUUCCUCUUUUUGGCCCUUUUAUUUGACAAUACCUCUUGGAUGCUGUGGAUUUGGGGCUCCCCUUCGGAUAAUGAUUAAAGGGCAGAUUUGAAAUAAGUAUAAAGUAGAAACCAGACCUCUCAUCUCUCUGAUUAAACUUUUAAGACUCACGUGUCAUUAAAUGAAAACACUGGAAAUAUAUAGAGCCACAGAUCUUGCUCUCUAUGACUGUGACAUUAAAUUAAUGCUAAAAGCUGAUUAUUACAUGACCAAAUGUAUAAUGUUCUAAAAUAAAAGCCAAAUAGUGGACAAAUAUAUCAGAAUGUGA